CUCUUCAAAACACAAAACAUCUGUUAAUCCAUUGUUAUUUUUUUAAAAUUUUAUCUGUUUUAAUAAUAAAUUAAGUAACUUAUUUUAUAUGUAAAUAUGGUCGUUUAAAUUUUAAAUUUACGUUGUGGUGGUUUUCGAAUGGUCGUGAAAGUGUAGUUUGUGAUUUUUAUUUUGUUGUGUGACGUCACAGUUAUUGACUGCAAGUAGAACGACGCAAUUACAUUUUUGAAAAUGCUCUAAAGUAAAUCUUAAACUUAUAAUCACGGAAUCAUUAUUUCAUCAUGUCAGCGGAGUCACCGCGGCAUGCUCGCUCUGGGGGGCCACUUAUAGUUCCCUCUCAACCCCCCAGUGACAGAAGCAUUAUUGAUGCGGUUUCUGGGUUCAUCAAUGAUGUAACAUUAUCUUCAUCAUCAGCAGUAGAUCCCAAGGAUGUUAUUCAAUGGGCUAGGUUUGAAACAGCUGAUAUCAAUGAACCAACACCUGAAGGAGAGGGUGAUAAUGAUGUACCACCAUUGCUGUUAAUCCUUGGGUAUGGUUCAGGGGUUCAAGUAUGGUUGAUACCACCUAAUGGAGAAGCACAGGAAGUUCUGUCAUGGCGACAGGGCACAGUUAGGGUUCUUCGUAUUUUGCCAACACCUCAGAAUGGUGACUGUUUUUCUUCAAAGCGUCCUCUGAUUGCUUUGUGCGACUCGGCCAGCCCUGGACCAGUAUUUUGUUCGCUGAGCUUCAUUUCUAUAAGGGGUGGUGAACAGGUGAAAAGCAUAAAAUUCAAGAACCCCAUACUGGAUGUGUUGGCGAAUAAGAGAUCAGUAGUAGUCUCGUUUUCUGAACGAUUUGCCGUAUUUGAUGCUGCAACAUUGGAAGAUAGACUUGCCAUUACAACAUGCUAUCCCAGCCCUUGUCCACUGGGUGGUAAUUCACCAAUCAACCCACUAGCUCUUGGCGAUCGCUGGCUUGCUUUCGCGGAUAAGAAACUGAACCCGUCAAAACGCAGCAGUGGAGGUUGUGAAAGCGAAGGUGUAACAAGCUACACAGCGACUGUACUUCACGCCGCCAAAUCUCUUAGCAAGGGCCUGCGUGGUUUGGGCGAAAGUGUGGCUCAUAGCCUCGCUGGUGGUCGCAGUACUUCGCAAUCACCAUCACCACCUCACACAGAUCUUCAGCAGCCAGGAAUUAUCACUAUACUGGAUAUUGAGGGUAACGAGGAUGAUGAUAGUCAAGAUUGCGAAGAUCCAUGCGAUCCAAUUGUAGCUCACUUCAUAGCACACUCCGAAGCAAUAAUAGCCCUGAAGUUUGAUCCAAGUGGCAUGUUAUUGGUGACUGCUGAUAAACGAGGACAUGAUUUUCACGUCUUCAGAAUCAACCCCCAUCCGUGUGGACCUACGUUGGCUUCAGUACACCAUCUCUAUGUAUUGCAUAGAGGUGAUACUACGGCAAAAGUUCAGGAUAUAGCAAUAUCGGGUGAUUCCCGUUGGACAGCGAUCUCAACCCUCCGCGGUACAACUCACGUGUUCGCACUGAGUCCGUACGGCGGUGCGUGCGCAGUACGUACGCAUACGCAGCCCAGGGUCGUUAAUAGAAUGUCUCGAUUCCAUAGAUCUGCUGGUCUGCCUAUACACGCCUCACAUGCUGUGAUGGAGGGUUCUGCCCUGGGUUCGUGGUAUCCCAACCCGCGACUGCCGCCAUACCCUCAUCCUACAACGUCACCACCACUGGCCCAGUUGAGACCCACUCACAAUCUACCCACACAUACCAUCACACGGAACAGCUCUGGCCGCCAGCGUCUAUCAUCGCUUUCCGAAGAGAGCGGCGCUCCACCCCUUCUCGGCCGUGCCUGGUUCGGUACAACAGUACCGUCAGCUAGCGGUCGCGGAUGUGCAGUGCCUCUUUACCUGAUGGCUGCUAAUGGGUCGCUGUUGCAUCUCCUACUGCAUCCAAGGCCGGCUAGAUCUGUUUCGAAAGAGAAGAUCUGUGACGAGUCACCAAUAGAGCUAGAGGUAGAGCCGGUGGCUCAAUGGAUGCUACAGCGUCCCGCGGCUGCUGCUGAUCUUUUGGCACCUCUCCCUCCUUCCAACCCACUUUUACAACCUCUCAGUUGCCGGCGAUGUGCGGAUAUGUGUAUGAGCGAAGAAGAGCGUUGGCUGUCCCAAGUAGAAAUCGUGACUCACGCUGGCCCCCAUCGGAGGCUCUGGAUGGGACCGCAGUUUGUUUUCAAGACCUACAAUUGCGGAGAGAGAUGUAGCGAGUAUGAUGAUGGAUCAAACUCAUCUCUAUCGGAAGCGGAAGCCGUUGAAGUGGACACCAGCGCUUGCGUAGGGGCUGCCCGAUCCAACCCCGUAAAUAUGCCUGGCGUAAGACCCAUUGUGCCUGUACUCAUCGAAUCCGGUUCAGCCAGUUCAUUAGAGCAUUCACCAUCAGACAGUUUUCGUCGCAAAUCGCUGUUAGCCGACGGAGGUAGGACCGCUGUAUGUGAUGUGCAGCUGAAAGAAGAUCUCGCUGAGGCUAUGAAGGAAGACCACGGGCUGGCGCGCGUGGAGAGCGGCCGGGAGCGGGAAGUGAGGCGCAGCCCUGGAGUUGUGCGCGCAGUGGACCCGCUCGGGACGGUGGUGGCGCCACCCGCGGCCACUACGCCUGAGCCGCUUGACCCCGACGACUACACGAGAGCCAACGACGACGAGGCCACCUUCCGCCCGGUGGUGCGGGCUCCGGCCGCUCCGCUGCCCAGCAUGCUCGUCAAGCCCCUGCCAAUCACCACCACAAUCCCCGUGGAGACCGUAUCACCUCAGGGCGACUCUCCUAACGAAGAACCCAUCCCGCUGAAAACUGAUGUGGUCAUCCCGGCCCAACUCACCUCCGUGCCACCUUGGCAACCACGAGAACGUGACGUCAGCUCAUCCAGCGUCCCCGUAGAAUCCACCGGUGAUACCAACACUCGUAGAGAUAAUAAAUUUCAUGAUAUAAAGUUGGAUGAUAAACCUACUCAAAAAGAUCUCGAUAGUGUAAAUGUGAGAAAGGAUGAUAGUACGUGUGAAAGGAAUUCGACUCGACUCGAAUUGGAAAGUGAAGAUGUAAACACAUCACUGCCAAAAUUAAAUCGAUUGUCGGAUGAUAUUCAGCCGACUUCUCGACCUAGAGUUAAGAAAUCUCCCACCUCCAAGUUAUUUAGUGAUAGAGUAACUAGCGAUAGUGGUAAAGAUAAACGACUACCUGAUAGUAAAUUAUUGCCUAGUGUUGAAAGCGGAACUUUAGAACCUAUAUAUAAAGAGAAAUUAUCACAGGGAGCACUAAAUAUUAAGACUAAUAUAGCUACGGAAAAGUCCCUAAAUAAAGAGAAAACACCAGAACCUGUGAAAGCAAUACGUAGUUAUAGUAAAUCUAAAUCUGAAGUUAAGGAAACCAAAAGUAAAGGAACUACAGAAAAAAGCUAUGAUGAACUAAAACCAUCUGCGGCAUCUAUGCCUGAUAAAGAAAAUAGUAGUAAAAAGAAAUCGUCGAUUAAAGAAAACGAAAUGAAAAUAUCUAAAGAUGUUGAUACUGAAAUAAAAUCUGAAGACCAAGCGUGGGAUAUGCUAGUGAACGAAUCAAAUAAAACAAAAUUAGAGUCUUCAGAUAACUCUACGGUAGAAAAGUUAGAUGAUUUUAAGGUUAAAAAUAAAAAGGGCCGGAGACCAAAGAAGAUGCCAGAUGAACAACAGUCUAGUAAAGAUGAUGAUGACAGUUUUGUCGAAAUACACGCCAUUGAAGACAAACAACAACCAUCAAGUGGUGAACUAGUAUCAAUAUCAACAACAUUCGAAGAUUUUGAGUCAUCUAAAACUAGAAAACGAGCAUCGAAAAGCUUUACGCCUGAACGAAAAUCGACCAACACAGACGAAGUUAUGAAACUAUCUGAUAAUGUUACUGUAAGAUCCAAAGCAAAACCGUAUAAAAGCGACAACACUGAAAGCCUUUUAGAUUUCGAAACGCAUUUUAAAACGGCAUCCAAUUUCAUUAAACAAAGUUCUAAAGAUACCACAUACUUCAAUUCUAUCAUCGAACCCGAUUCUACAACACUGACAGUAAAAGAAAUAUCUAAAUAUCCUAAAAGUAAAUCGCCAUCUCCUAACCGCGAUAGACGGAAGUCCGUUGAAAAACAAGAAGUUGAAAAAGAAGUAUACGUCAUCGAUACUGUCACGGAUGAUUUUCCAGAAAUUCAAAUAACACAAGUAAAUAAAAUGCGUAAAAAGUCUCCACAACUGAUUGAAAAGAAUAAUCAAGACGUAGGAAAACCUUGUAAAUCAUGGAGUUCUAUAGCUGCUAAAAAAGUCGAUGACAAGAAGUAUAAACCUAACGUAAAUAUAAAUGAUGAUAAUACGAAAUCAAGUAUUUCCUUGCAACAAAAAUUAGCCGAAUUAUGCAAAAGAACAGAUAUUGUGGUUGCUGAAUGUGAUGCGCCAACAGAGCUUAAUUUUGUAGACGAACACCAUGCGGUAUUACCAGAUUUUCCACCAUUGGAGUCUCUAGAUUUUGGUUUGGAUGACUUUAAAUUAGACGUAAUGAAGGAUAGCCUUCUCGAUGUCACGGAUAAAAUAACGAGUCCCAUUUGUAAAAUUAACAUUGACGAUAUACUUUCAUCCAUAAAAGAUACUAAGAAAUCUGAAGAGUCCACUUCGUUCAAUUUGAUCGAUGUCGAGAAGGUCCCGGCGAGAAAGGAAAAAGGUUUCAGCGUCCUUGAAACUGAAAAAAUAACUUCCCAAGAGGUGCAAGCUGACGAUGAAGUCAAAGAUAAAUUCAAUGAUUUAGAAAAAUCAUCAGACGAAGAUGCGGCUUCUCCAGUGCUGUCAGCGGAUAGUGAUAAAGAGGAGAAAAAUGUUGCUUCGAGUGUAACCCUCCCAUCUCCAAAGCAAACAAAAUCGAAAAAAUCGCGUAGAAAGAAGAAGUAACAUAGAAGUUGCCGUUUUAGGUUGCUUGUAGUUAGUAAAUUCGUUCAAUACCUACGCAAAGCAAUCAAUUCUGCUAUUCUCUGUUCACAAUAAUUAGCUAAAUAUACUUCAACUAGUUUUAAGAUAUAAUGUCGAUUUAAAAAUUAUAUAAAAAUAAAAAAAAACGUAGGAAAAAUAAAAAAAAUAUCAAAUCUCCGUAAAAAUUGACUUAGAAUCUUGUUUAUUUUAGAUUAUAACAAAUUUUAAUGUUUCCAUAAUAUUAUUAAAUUGACGAGGAAUCUGUUAGAACCAAAAGCACUUAAAUAUUUUUUACGAAAUGAAUUAUGUAUUUCUAUUUUUAGAAUGAAUUUUUGACUAAUAUUUUUAUCGUUAUUUUGCGGCGUGCUCCUUUAGUGCAUAAUAAUUAAAUUAUUUUGUAUAUAUUUUGAUGUUAUUUUUUACAAUGUUUACAAAAUUGUGUUAUUUAUUUUGUAUUUGAAUAAAUUAUGUUCUAUAGUGCGUCAGUAUUACGUAAACGUAUGUGACUAACGGUAUCGAAUACCAAUCAUAAUUACUUAAGGCAACAUAAUUGUGUUAUUUCAAGGAAAACAUAUUACUUGACUAUAAAUGGUAAAAAAAUCAACAUUUAGGGCGAUUCAUGUACGUAGUAGCAGCGCAAUAUUGUGUAAAACUUCAGACUUGGUAUACCCUCAUAAUUCUUACAUCGCUUUAUCCAAGACAUAGCACUUUUAUCUGAAGAAAAUAUGAUCGUAACAUUAGGCGUUAUAGCUUAAAGUUUAUUGGUGGAUAAUAAAAUUAAGAAAUUCGCCCAUUUCAAAACAUUAACAGAAUGCAAAAACAGAAUUACACACCCUAAGAUCCUUUUUACGGGUUCUAACAAGAUAUUCUUUAUAUUUAAUUGAUCUUAAUUUCUAAUACUUUAAUUAUAAUCUACAGUCAUACAUGUAUUAAUUUUGAUGAACAACUCUCUUAGUUCGUGUAACUAGUGUAGACAUGCACAGGUACACAAAAAGUUCUAUUAAUGACAAGGUUUCGUAAGGCUGGUCAUGUUUUUAACAGGUAUGCAUUGUUCAACAGCUCAUUUGUUGAUUGGCGUCAAACAAACUUGCUGUCAAAAACUUAAAUAUACGAGGUUUCGAGAAACCCUAAAACCGUACGUACUGUAUACGUAAUUGUCUAUGCUUGACACUCGAUAGCGGUAAAAUGUACGUUAAUCUUAUAGAGAGUUUUUAACUUAUUCGUGUACAUCAAAAUUAGACAUUUAUUUUUCAUGACAAGUACCUUAAUAUAGUUAAGUUUAAAAAGACCUCAUAUAAAAUAAUUCUAUAUUUUAGGCUAUUAAGUAGCACCUAAUGAGUACCUGUAUGUAUUACGUAUACCGUGACGUAUUUAUUUAAAUGAGAUUUUAUCAACAUACAGUUGUAUGGCACGUAACUUGGCAUAUUACUAGGAUAAGUCCGUAAUAUUAUCAAGACGUAAAAAAUAAUUUGUAAUAUGACGAUUGCCCACUUACGUGCCGGGUACAGGAUAAUAGUGGAUGCUGUUUAAUACUAUUCGUUCCGAUUCUCCGUUUAACUUCGAUAUGAUUCUAAUGUAGAAAAUUGAACUUUGAAGUGUCAAGAUAAAGUUCGUGAUCGCUAGUAACAUAGGGCAGGUCAUUUGGUACUAUUCUUUAAGAAAUUAGUUGAGUUAAAGUCGUAUUGCUGCUAAAAUAAGAGAAUCUAGCUCCACGACUGAUAUAACCACGAAAUAGAUAAAUAAGGUUGGCGGCAUUGCUCGAAGUUCGUCCUAGAACUGCUUGUACCUAGUCGCAGCUUAGAUAAAAAAAUAUAAAGUAGGGUUGUUUUAACACAAGACACGCUAUUUGUGGCAUGCUUACGGUACCUCACUUACCUUUUCAUACUCAUUUAUCUAAUUUGUGGAUAUAACAGAUCGAAACUACGUUUCGUAAAAUAUGCAUCAAGAAAAAAGACAAAUUUUAUAUAUAAAAUAUUAAAGUUUUGAUAUUAAUCUCAUGGGUGUAUCCUGCUAUUUAAUAUUUAAAAAAAUAUUUUGCAUUAUUGAUUUAAAUGUUAAUAAAACGCAUAAAUUUGCUUCCAAUAACUAAUCCUAAGAUCAAAUGCUUUAGAUCCGUAAUGAAAUGUUUGACCUAACAUAAUUUUCGAGUUGGAUAAAUUAUAAAAGUUUUGGCUAUAUUGUGUGAUUUGGCAGACGUGUUGAAAUUAAUCGAAAAUAAAAUGACUUCAAAAACUG